AGUGUUUGCGUAUCCAUGGAUCUCCACUCUUCAUAUAAAAAGGCCAGUGAAGGUAUUGAUUUAGACUUAAGCUGGCCGCACAAGAAGGAAGGGGUUUCUGCUCUUCAAUCUUCAUACCCACCCAAAAUGACCAAAAGGACCAAGAAGGCUGGUAUUGUUGGGAAGUAUGGCACCCGUUAUGGUGCUAGUCUGCGGAAGCAGAUUAAGAAGAUGGAGGUCAGUCAGCACAGCAAAUUUUUCUGUGAAUUCUGUGGGAAGUAUGCAGUGAAGAGAAAGGCUGUGGGUAUCUGGGGAUGCAAAGACUGUGGCAAAGUGAAAGCUGGAGGUGCUUACACCUUGAAUACUGCAAGUGCCGUGACUGUUAGAAGCACCAUCCGCCGUCUUAGAGAGCAGACUGAGAGUUGAUUAUGUCAACGUUAUCUUAUGAUUGUUUUGGGAUAUGGAUGUUAAUGUAAUUUUGGUUGAAAAUGGCCUAAAUGGAUUUAUCAAUUUUAUUUUUUGUUUACCUGUUAUGGACAUCUUGUAUCGAAUUAAUUAUUAUGGA